CGAAGAUUUGCUUUUCAGGCUUCUAGCGUCUGGUGAACAGUGAGAAAGAGAAAGAGAGUGAUCGAAUCAAACAUGUCCGGGAGAGGAAAGGGAGGCAAGGGGCUCGGAAAGGGGGGAGCAAAGCGUCAUCGUAAGGUUCUGAGGGAUAACAUUCAAGGUAUCACCAAGCCGGCGAUUCGCCGUCUAGCCCGUCGUGGCGGAGUGAAGCGUAUCAGCGGUCUCAUCUACGAGGAAACCCGUGGCGUUCUCAAGAUCUUCCUCGAGAACGUGAUUCGCGAUGCCGUCACCUACACGGAGCACGCUCGCCGCAAGACAGUGACGGCCAUGGAUGUUGUGUACGCUUUGAAGAGGCAGGGCCGGACUCUUUACGGCUUCGGUGGUUCAUCAGGCUCUUCCGAUCCAACGGUCAAGAUAUCCAUCAAACUCAACACACGGAUAGCUAUCUCAUCCAACAAUUCACAAUCCGUCUUCGUACAUAUAAAACGCUACAGAACUCUCGUUCGAUACAAGCAGUUCCUUCGAAGGCUUGCAUCAAAGCGUCCUGUAGACAGAGUGAGGAGGAUCGAAUCAAACAUGUCUGGGAGAGGAAAGGGAGGCAAGGGGCUCGGAAAGGGGGGAGCAAAGCGUCAUCGUAAGGUUCUGAGGGAUAACAUUCAAGGUAUCACCAAGCCGGCGAUUCGCCGUCUAGCCCGUCGUGGCGGAGUGAAGCGUAUCAGCGGUCUCAUCUACGAGGAAACCCGUGGCGUUCUCAAGAUCUUCCUCGAGAACGUGAUUCGCGAUGCCGUCACCUACACGGAGCACGCUCGCCGCAAGACAGUGACGGCCAUGGAUGUUGUGUACGCUUUGAAGAGGCAGGGCCGGACUCUUUACGGAUUCGGUGGUUAGAGAAUCAGGGAUUUGGGAAAUUUCAUGAAUUAGGGUUUUGCAUUUGUUUCUCUGUGCAAUUAUUGUUUAUAUGAACAAGUGAUAGAUUGUAUUCGUUGAAAUUUAACAAUUUCAACAAUGUUCUUUUGAAUGACUAAUUUAAUGUUAUGGUCUGGCAUUCGUGAUC